AUGACCACCAACCAGGGCGAACUCGACUCCAACGAGAGCCUCGACUCGCCUCCGGCCACCACUCCUCCGGUGCCGCAGAGGUCCUCUCUGCCGCUAAACUACCAGAUUCUAGACAAAAUCGGGCAGGGCACCUACGGCACGGUCUACCGGGCGAGGGACAAGACGGACCAGGGCAUCGUCGCGAUUAAGAAGAUUUUGCUCGACGACCGCGACGAGGGCAUCCCCGUCACCACGCUGCGAGAGGCGCGCCGGAUACGAAGCUACGGCACACCCUCGCGUCGCCCUCGCUCGCAGCGCCGCCGCUAG